UUCCCAUCAGUUGCUGAUCACCAAGCGAGCAGCCAUGGCCGAGCGGGAGGGCGCGGUGGUGAAGAAGGGGCACGAGGAGGGCCUGAAGAUGGCGGUGUCGCUGCUGGAGGAGUUCGGUCUCCCGCUGGGCCUACUGCCGCUGGCGGACGUGAUCGAGGUCGGGUUCGUGCGCGCGACGGGGUACAUGUGGAUCGCGCAGCGCAAGAAGGUGGAGCACCAGUUCAAGCUGGUGGGCAAGCAGGUGAGCUACGACGUGGAGGUCACGGGGUACGUCCAGGCGAAGCGCAUCAAGAAGCUCAAGGGCGUCAAGGCCAAGGAGCUCAUGCUGUGGCCGCCCGUCAACGAGAUCGCCGUCGACGACCCGCCCACGGGCAAGAUCCACUUCAAGAGCCUCGCCGGCGUCACCAAGACCUUCCCCGUCGAGGCGUUCGCCGCGGGGCAGUAGCCGCCGCGCGCGCAACCGCACGGUGCUAUACGUCACGUACCCUGCUGCUUGAUUUGCCGCAUAAUUUAUAUAAAAAAAACGCGCUAGACGGCCGAGGAUAGCGCCAUGACGAUG